AGGAAAUUUGUUCUUAAUAAUUCAAAAUUAUGUUUAGAUCCCAAGCUCCAAGUAAAAUAGGUAAACGUCCUUUACUUAGUGAAAUUAGCAGUCAAGUGAUCAGGGAGUUUGAAAUACAACAUAUUCAAUAUAAAAUUUCUAAUAAAGAAAAUAAACGAAGAAGGAUAGAAAAAGAUGUCCAAAUUUCUGAUCGUAAAUUAUGUGCUCUAUCAUCGGAUGAUAUUUCUGUUGUUCGAGAAGUCAUAUCAGAACAUGAAGAACGUGUAAAGAAAUUGUUAAGUAAACCAUUUAAAAUUCCAAUUCCUGGGUAUGAAAUUAGUGGUCGUGCACUUGGUUUUCGCUUUGCUGGGCCAAGGAGAGCAUUACAUGAUCCUGAUGAAGCUAAUGCUCUUGUUGUUUAUACACCUCCUGAAAUGUCUGUACACGAAAAUUUAAAAAUUGAUGAAAAUACAAAACUUGUACAUGUUGUUGUUGACCCCCUUUUAUGCAACGUAUUACGUCCUCAUCAAAGAGAAGGUGUAAAAUUUAUGUACGAAUGUGUUACUGGCAAAAGAAUAGAAAAUACUUAUGGUUGCAUUAUGGCAGACGAAAUGGGUCUUGGUAAAACUUUGCAAUGUAUAACUCUUCUAUGGACUCUUUUAAAGCAAAGUCCUGAAGCAAAACCAUUAAUUGAAAAAGCUAUUAUUGUUGCUCCAAGUUCAUUAGUAAAAAAUUGGUAUAAUGAGAUUUAUAAAUGGCUUAACAAUCGAGUAAAGCCACUUGCAAUUGAUGGUGGUAGUAAAUCCGAUAUAGAUGUAAAAUUAACUGGAUUUAUGAAAACCUACGGACGUCGAUGUGCUAAUCCUAUUCUUAUAAUUAGUUAUGAGACUUUUAGAUUACAUGCCCAUGUUUUACAUCAAGAUGAAGUAGGAUUAGUUUUAUGUGACGAAGGUCAUAGAUUAAAAAAUUCUGAAAAUCAAACGUAUCAAGCUUUAAUGGGUUUAAAAGCAAAAAGAAGAGUAUUAUUAAGUGGAACACCUAUUCAAAAUGAUUUAUUAGAAUAUUUUUCUUUAAUUCAUUUCGUCAAUUCAGGGCUACUAGGUACAGCUCAGGAAUUUAGGAAAAAAUUUGAAAAUCCAAUUCUUCGAGGACAAGAUGCUGGUGCAACAGAUAAAGAACGCCAGAUUGCACAAGAAAGAUUGACGGAAUUAGUAACAAUUGUAAAUAAAUGUCUUAUAAGACGAACUAGUGCAUUAUUAUCUAAGUAUCUACCUUUAAAAUAUGAAUUAGUUGUUUGUAUAAAAAUGACAGAACUACAGACAAAACUUUAUAAAAAUUUUAUCAAAAGUGAAAGUAUCAAGAGAUCAAUGCAAGCAAAAGAUGGCUCUGAUAAAAAAGGUAGUCUUUCAGCUUUAUCUGCAAUCACUUUACUUAAGAAAUUGUGCAAUCACCCUGAUUUAAUAUUUGAUAAAAUUAAGGAAAACACAGAUGGGUUUGAAGGUGCUGCAACAUUGCUGCCUUCCAAUUAUAAUGCAAAAGAUGUUAUGCCUGAAUUAUCUGGUAAACUAAUGGUUUUGGAUUGUUUAUUAGCUUUUAUAAGAUCUACAACAACUGAUAAAAUAGUUUUAGUAUCAAAUUAUACACAAACCUUAGAUUUGUUUGAAAAACUUUGUACCAAAAGAAAAUACCGCUAUGUAAGACUUGAUGGAACAAUGAAUAUAAAAAAAAGAGCAAAAAUUGUAGAUAAUUUUAAUAAUCCAGAUAUUGAUGAAUUUAUAUUUAUGUUAAGUUCUAAAGCUGGUGGAUGUGGUUUAAAUUUGGUUGGUGCUAAUCGUCUUGUUAUGUUUGAUCCUGAUUGGAAUCCGGCAAAUGAUGAUCAGGCCAUGGCUAGAGUUUGGCGGGAUGGUCAGAAAAAACCAUGUUUUGUCUACCGUUUCCUUUCUACUGGAACGAUAGAAGAAAAAAUCUUUCAAAGACAAGCACAUAAAAAAGCUUUAAGUUCAACUGUAGUAGAUCAAGAUGAAGAUGUAGCUAGACAUUUUACCCAAAACGAUUUGAGAGAUUUAUUUAGUCUUGAAGAAUUGACUGCAUCUGAUACGCAUUCAAAAUUUAAGUGUAGGCGCUGUAUUAAUGGAAUUGAAGUAAAAGGUCCACCUGAGAACUCUGACUGUACUUCUGAUUUAUCAGAUUGGAGACAUUCACAAAAUCCAAAGCAUCUUCCUGAUAUACCACUAAAGCAAUGUUGGUCUAGUGGAAUUUCCUUUGUAUUUCAUCAUCGAUCUCAAGAACAAGUCAAUUCAUAAUCAUAAAAAUUAAUUUAAAUAAUAGCUCAAAAAUUCUGUGAUCAAAUAUUCAGUCCAAAAUGUAACAUUUAUUUUUUUUAAAUGUAAGACUACAAUAUAAAAAGCGUAAAAAAUACUGCAAGCCUUGAAAAUAGAACUUUCAUAAAGAUUAUA